AAGUGAAGGAUGACGUCAUGACAAGUUGUCCAAAAGGGCAUCCCCCAUUUUUAGCAACCGCCCGUCACGUCUCUGUCAUGUCUUUUUGUCGCCGCAACUUUAAGCUUCAAACUCCAAGGAAACAGCCCGGAUCUUCGCCUUAAGACGUAGCCGCUACCAAACCAUGAUUUCAUCCCAUAGCCAACAAAAUUGCUGACUCUGGUUCGGUGUUUUUUUGAAAGUUUGGAACCGAAAUAUUCGGAACACACCCCUCCCUUGGUGUUGCAUGUGUUGAUACCAUUUUUGGAAGUCUCCCACCAACCGGCGUGCCUGAAAAUCUUCUUUUGCGGAAUCUACGUUGUCUUCUGUCAUAUUUUAAGCCCAUUUUUCUACACUUCCAAUUUUCGAUGUCUAAGAAGAUGGCUAAAGGUGAAGAAAGUCAACCCUCCUCUCAGAGGAUUUCGUCAGAACCUUCAAAGCGCCCAGAAGUGCCUAAACGUCCGAAAUGGCUGAGCAAGCUCAGCAAGGAACGGAAAAAACCUACUAAAGACUCGGAACCGUUGUCCUCAAGUUCUAAAUCAACGGCCAAUAGCAUCGAUACCAAAGAUACAUUUGUCAGUUACAAUAGAAUAGAGCUUGCCAAAGUGGAUAAGAAACCGGGUAAAUCUCGAGAUAGAACCCAAAAAGGGUCAAAAGUAGGAAAUCAAAGCGCCGGGAAAGACAAAAAGGCUGAACCCGGAAAGAGGGAUGUUUCGUCGGGGAGAGUUCAGAGUCACAACGUACAAAAACCAUGGAAUAGCUCAACGAGACUUGACAAGCCAGGAAGACGACGAUCGGAUAGUCACACCUCUACAGACAGCUCUAGAUCCGGGGACAAGAGAGUCAAUAGAUUCAGGUCGGAUUCAGACUUCAGGUUAGAAAAGACGCCUCGGAGCCAACCCAAAAAGUCUCCCAGCAAAGAGAGCCUCACCGAGUCCAAAAAAAGUAGCAAACAUAGGAGAGAAACAGACAGUCCCUCUCGAAGGGAGACUCAAAAAUUUUAUACGGCUAAGAAAAAAGACGAUCCUUAUAGCAAGGAGGAAAAUAAGAACCAGGAGGUGUCCUCCAAGUCACCAAACACGUUUGAUGAACAGAUAGAUUUUAAUGAGAAGGAGAACACUCCAGAUCAGCCUAGUAAGUCUUGGUAUGAAGAGGAGCCCCAAGGACUGGAAGAGCUGCAGUACCCCAUGGGAGAUGAUAGGGGGCCUCAGAAAGGAAAGGCACACCAUUGGGGAGACAUGCCAACAGACAAACACAAGCAGGAUAACUACAGGAAACCGAGGAAGUAUAUUCAAGAAGACUCUGUCGAAGUACGUAAGAACAUCCGCCCGGGUAGGGGCAGUCGCGGACGCGGAGGCAUGGUCAGCAGCGAGAGCCAAGAGAGCAUCUCUUCUCGUAGCUCGAUGCACUCGCAGCGCUCGCAACGCGACCACAGGAAAGGGCACUACGACAACAGGCAGCGGGACAACCGGCAGACGUCACGACAGAGUUCUGUAGAAUCGUUAGAUAGAUACGCCAGGGCUCCAGGCUCCAAGCCAAACUCUCGACCCCCCUCCCGACCACAGUCUCGGAAUGGGCCCCCACAAGAUUUCUACUACGAUGACAAUCAUAGCUCCUGGGGUUCUCCGUCCAGGCCAAUGUCACGGAACGGCCCUCUCCAACACUAUAACAUGGAUAAUAAGAAAUCUCGUUAUCGAGGCCCGCCCAGUCGACCAAUCUCUCGCCAAGGCUCCAUGGAGUCCGUAGACAGCUACUGUCAGCCAUCAUCUCGGCCGAACUCCCGUCCACCCUCACGAAACGGACCGCCACAGUUUUGGGAGAGCAACUGGAAGAAGGGUCCGCCGAGCCGACCGUUGUCACGACAAGGCUCUAUUGAGUCUCUCGAUAGCUUCGGCCCUUCAUCGCGCCCGUCUUCCCGCCCAAACUCCCGCCCCCCAUCCCGUCCGCCGUCGCGUAAUGGCCCGCCCCUCCCCUUCGCUGCAGACCUGAACUGGCCCAGGAUUAACUACGCGGAAUCCGUAGGAAGCUCGUCUCGCCGCUCGUCUGAAGUAGACUCUGACGACGACUUCACCUUCCCGUCUGGCGAGUUCUGGAGCACGUUUCCUCAAAGGACAACAGCAGAGAAUUGGAGCACGUGGGACACCGUCACCGACCAACUCCCCACCGACCCAAGGAACUCCAACAGUCUGCCCAAGAAGCUUUCGUCGGACCUGCAACGGGAACUGGCGCGCCAAACCGCCAAGGAACACAGGCCGAAGAUUGGAAGGAGAGAUUCCAUCGAGUCUUGGGAUGGAUUCCCGCGAAGGACGUCCUUCCAGGACGACAGGAUGUAUCUGUCUCAGCCAGAGGACUCUGGAUCCGGGUCUGCAAGUCUGUGGAUGUUUAAGCGGCCUGGGUUGGUGCGGAGUCCUAGUCGUGACAGUGUCUCGUCGGUCGGAUCCACCCAGUCGUCUCGUUCCUACUGCACCAAUCGGCCACCUCAGUGGCACAGGACAGACAGUAACGGCAGUCUGUACGACGACAGAACACACCCUGGCCCUCGCAGUCGCAGCCGCAAUAGGAAAAGGAACCGACGCAACCGAAGACGAAGUCGAAGUGGCCAACAAGGUCAGGGUCCCUUUGGACACCAGAACCCAAAUGUUGGCUACUCCAGUGCCUCAGAACUGUCACAGGAGGGUGAUUUUAAGCUGAAUGGCCCUCCCAGUGACACAGAAAUCCAGCUCAGGAACCGUCUGGACGAUGUGCUGGACGGUAGCCUCUCAUCUGGCUCCAUGAGCCCUAUCCCAGAGUCAGACGUCGCAGAAUUCCCGUCUCCUGAACCAACAACAACCAAACAGAAGCAAGGGGAAAAAGUGAAAGAAAAAAAGAGAGAUUCUAUAGUCAACUCCAGCAACACUGAACACAAGACCACCAGUGUGUCUACAUCAGUACACCAUCCUCUACAGCACACAUGGAGGUUCUGGUAUGACAGGAGGGAAAACAAAUCCAUGAGGAUGAAGUCAGAUUUCACCAACUACAACGAAAACCUGCUGGAAAUCUCUGCUGUAGAAACAAUUGAAGGCUUCUGGCAGGUGUACAACCACCUGGCACCUGCACAUCACCUGGACAACAAUGCAAACUACCACUUCUUCAGGGUUGGGAUCAUGCCGAUGUGGGAGGAUGACGCUAACAAACAGGGAGGCAAGUGGGUCAUCACUAUCAGGAACGACAUGGACUUUGUAGCCAGUCUGUGGUUGGAAAUGCUUCUUGCCUUGAUAGGAGAUGAAAUGGCUUUCUCUGAUGAAAUCUGUGGUGCAGUUGUGUCUAAGAGGAAAAGAGGAGACAGAGUCGCCAUCUGGACACGUGAUAAAGAAAAUGUCCUGGCAAACUACGCAAUCUGCAAGAAUAUCCUGCUGGUGAUAGCGUAUGCCAGGGGCGUGACCUCGGAGAAACUCCUGCCGUUCUUUGAGACGUUUGCGCAAAAGGAGAAGUCUUCCAUCGAGUACUUACACCACCAGGACUCGCUCCGUACGGGGCAGUCCUACACAACUGCAGCACACCUCACAGCACAUGCUGUACUCAAGGACAUUGUCCGAGACCUCAAGGAUGAUAACAACUGAGACACGACAUACAACAGCCUGCAAGUCUGGUUGCUGUCACAUGUACCCAGUCACGAAUAUGCAAAUAAAUGUAGGAUAAAUUUGCACCUAGAAUCAUGUCAAAAUCUGAUAUUGACAUAUGGUGAGUAUAUAUUAUAGUUAUAUAGAAUGUUAGAAUAUGAAAUAUGGUUGCAUUUGUUUGGUCACCAUGGUGCAAAUGAGUAUGGACCUUACUCUUUUGAAUAUUCGUGACUGGACAAAUUACAAACCACAGUCUGGUAAAUUUUUACUCACUUAUGCUACACCACAGUGCCUUCAGUUUCUUAAUACAAUUGAUGUAUUGAUAGUUAGCUACUAUACAAAAAUUUGUUUUGUCGGCCCGGGUAUAUAGCCUUGUCCCACAAUAUUCACCAAGUAAUCAGAAUCUAUGCAAGGAGGUUAAAAAAAGAACUUCCUUAAUUGAUCUAUGUGUAAGACCUGAAUCUCUGACCUGAACUCUCAUCGAUGUUGUUUAACAUCAAACGGGUCAAAAGACAAGUGCCUACAAACUUUUCUAGAAAAUAAUCAAUGAAAUCCAUGACAAUGUAUGAACCUGUAUUUUUGUCUGAACAUGAAAUUUGUGGAUAUCAUCUCACCAUUUGUCUCAUUCUUUGUGCCGUAGCUAGUAUAUAAUUUCAUAGAAUAUCAUGAUUGUGAAAAUUUUGAUUUUGUUACCUUAAACUUUAAGUGAACUGUCAUCAAACCAAGUAGAUAGAUGUGGUAAUUUUUUCCAAGAAAAAAUAUUUAACACACUUUUAGUCACAGAAUUUAGGUAAGUUUAUUUUGGUGCUACUGUAAUACAAAUGUAGUUCAAAAUAGCACAAUUUUGAUGAACUGUAAUACAAAUGUAGUUCAAAAUACUUACAGUUACACUUCAAUGAUAAAUGACAUACUUUUAAACGAUUAUUGCAAAAUGCAUUUUUAGCAAUUUUAUGACAUGUAUAACAAUGCAAUGACUGGUCAGUGUUUAGAAGCUAUAUGGUUUUGGAUUCAGUCUUCUCUUUUUCAUACAUUUGUAGUAGGCAAAAAUAGAAAAAGGAAAAAAAAACUUCUGUCAACUGUUGUUUAUCUUGUACAUAUUAAAUUGAUAACUUAGUAUUAAGCAAUAACUACAAAUAGUUUUGUGCCUUUAAGAUUUGUAAUUAUGAUAUUAGAUUUGUGAAUUCUAAUGAAUGUUGCAGACCCUUUAAUAAGGGCUUUUAUACAGAGUUUUUGUGCAACUUUUUAUGAUAAGAAAAUGUACUUUUAAGUUAUUAAAUUAAUGGUAAUUUGUAGUGUCCAACAUUUUCUAGACUUUUCUCCUGUAAGCAUUAUUGUUUUCUACACUUUGUUGUAAAACAUAGAACUUUCUUCAGGUUGUCCCAAUCUAGGGCAAAUAUUGCUUCAUAGGUGUAUCUCACUUGAAUGAUGUAAAGCAUUAUAUACAAUUGUGUAUUUCUUUGUUUUGGUUGAAAAUUUACUGAAAUUUGAGUAUUAUGUAAUAGCUGAACAGUGUUCAAAUAGGAACUUUGACUGUAGGAAACUUACUUUCCAAGCAGAAGUUAGGCUCCGUUUAACCGGUUGGUUUUGACUUUUUUUAGGUGUUUUUGACGGGGUUUUAGAAAGCCGGAAGAAAACACCAAAAUGUCCAAAACCAUUGGAAGCCUCAUCUCUGCUUGGAGCAAAGUAUAGGGACUAGGGAUAUUAGGUAGGAUUGCCAUAGAUUGCCCAUACAAUAAGAUGUAAUAUGUUCUUUUUAUUACUAAACCAUCUUUAAUGUUAGACGUCUUUUAGUUCACAAGGUUUUUCCAUUGUUUGGUUUAUUAUGAAUAAGCUUAAUGCCUCUACUCUAUGACGUGGUAUUUCUUAAUAAUUAUGUGGUUAUUUCUUUAAAAUGUAGUUUUACAUUAGAUUCUUUAAUAUACUUUGUCACAAAAGUAAUAAAUGUAGAUUUUUGUUUACUUAACAAUAAUUGCUAUUGUUGUGUACAUUAUUCGUGAUAAUGCUAAAUACUUUGUGUACACAUCGAAAUUUCUCUCAUUAUUGCUAUGUUUAUAAGAAAUGUACAUUUUGGCAAAGCCAUAUCUAAAAUAUGUAAAUUUUAUACACAAUGUGAAUAGUGAAAUGUUAAGUUAAAAGUAGGCCUUGUGGAAGAUUGUGCAUAACUUAACUAAUCUGUGCAAUGUUUGGGGCAAGCAAUGUGUGAAUUGUUUAGAUGAAUAAGAAAUUAUUGGGUGAAAUUUAACAUGCAGGACACAUUGAAUUUUGAAAUACACUUAGUAACUGAA